AUGGCGACUUUCAUCGCGUAUCAACCUCGAGCAAAUGAACCGUCCUUCAGAAAUCGCGUUUUCCACGAUCUUCCACAGUCGGUCCCUGCGGCACGGUCUGUGGGCAAUGCGGAUUUUGUCGCCUUGGUGGAUCUGACUACCUCGGACCAGGACACCGCUCGAGAAUACCUGGUGGCACGAGAGAUUUCGGAGCCAAUGGCUCAUAUUCCCGGCAAACGCGGCAUCCAAGUUGCUGGAACCCGCACCAACAGCGUAACCGACAAAAUUGAAAAUUGCGAGAAACGCAAUAAAAAUGACCGCGACGACGUCGAGAUUGACACAGACCACGAAAGCGAAAUCAGCGACCUUCCAUCGCUCGCCGAUAUCAUUCUACGGAGCGACUCAGGGUUUGGAGGAAGUGCCGGCCUUAGGAGCGAGGCUUCCACACCACCCGCUCUCGGCAGGACCGUCAAGGAGUGCUGGCGCGAGAGCGACUGCGAGAAUAGUGCCCAGCCUACGGCCACGACUUCCACAGGCAUUCAACCCGGGGCCAGACAAGGUAUACAACCCCCAAUCGAUGCUACAUGCAGCUCAAGGUACUCAAAUGACCGGAAGAUCGAGAGUUUUGCGCUGGCCGAUGGUAAAGACCGCUGGGGCCUUUGCGUCGCUGUUGCCUACGAGACGGAGUGA